UUCAGUAUGUGUUGUUUUUUGGCUCAAGACAAGACAGUACAGUGAAUGCGGCUUUACUUACUGCAGAGUACAGUAGCUCCAAGUACUGUUACACUACCAAUUAAAAAUUUACGGAACAGACGCUUAUUAUAAAGAAUUGUGUAACAAUCAGAAAGAAUGGGUCGAAAAGUUACCUUAGCUACAUGUUCCCUUAAUCAGUGGGUUUUAGACUUUGAAGGGAAUUUGGAAAGAAUUUUGAAAAGCAUUGAAAUAGGCAAAUCUAAAGGAGCGAGAUACAGACUGGGUCCUGAACUGGAAAUAAGUGGUUUUGGUUGUAUGGAUCACUUCUAUGAGUGUGACACUCUGCUCCACUGUUUCCAAGUCCUGGAGAAGCUGCUGGUUUCCCCCAUCUGCCAGGACAUCAUAUGUGACGUGGGGAUGCCUGUGAUGCAUCGUAAUGUUCGCUAUAACUGCAGAGUCAUAUUUCUAAACAAAAAAAUCCUCUUGAUUCGCCCCAAAAUGAUUCUAGCAAACGCUGGAAACUACAGGGAAUUCCGCUGGUUUUCACCAUGGAACAAGCCAAGGAAAGUGGAGGAGUAUUUUCUUCCAAGAAUGAUACAGGAGGUGACUGGGCAGGAAACUGUCCUGUUUGGAGAUGCCGUUCUGUCAACCAAGGAUACAUGUGUGGGAAGUGAAAUGUGUGCAGAGCUCUGGGCUCCAAACAGCCCCCAUAUUGACAUGGGCCUUGAUGGAGUGGAAAUAUUCACAAAUUCCUCAGGAAGCCAUCAUGAGAUCAGGAAAGCUCAUAGCAGAGUGGGCCUUGUGAAGUCAGCCACUGCAAAGGCCGGCGGAAUCUACUUGCUGGCCAAUCAGAAAGGCUGUGAUGGUGACCGUCUGUAUUAUGAUGGCUGUGCGAUGAUAGCUGUGAAUGGGAACAUUGUAGCUCAGGGAGCCCAGUUCUCCAUGGACGAUGUGGAGGUCCUGACUGCUACUUUAGACCUGGAAGACAUCAGAGGCUAUCGGGCAGAACUACCACUGCAAAGCAGAUCUGAGCCCUAUUACAGAGUGAAGGUUGAUUUUGCAUUGUCUGCUCAUGAUGAUGUCUUUGUGCCAACUUACGAGCCGAUUCAGUGGAGAUACCACACGCCUGAAGAGGAAAUCAGUCUAGGGCCGGCAUGUUGGCUUUGGGACUAUCUGCGACGCAGUGGUCAGGCUGGCUUCUUACUGCCACUCAGUGGAGGGAUUGACAGCUCAGCUACCGCCUGCAUUGUGUACUCAAUGUGCCUUCAAGUGUGCCUAGCUGUUAAAAAUGGAAAUUCUCAGGUGUUGGAGGAUGUGCGGCGGGUAGUGUGUGACAUCACCUACACCCCGCAGGAACCCACGGAACUGUGCGGUCGGAUUUUCACCACCUGCUACAUGGCCAGUGAGAACUCCUCCCAGGACACCUGCAACCGAGCCAAGGAGCUGGCAAAACAGAUUGGCAGCUACCAUAUAAACCUCAGCAUUGAUAUGGCAGUGAAGGCCAUGGUUGGAAUCUUCUCCAUGGCAACCGGGAAGUGGCCACAAUUCCGAGUGAAUGGGGGAAGCAGCAGAGAGAACCUGGCUCUUCAGAAUGUGCAGGCUCGAAUAAGGAUGCUCCUGGCUUAUCUUUUUGCUCAGCUCAGCCUGUGGGCUCGGAACAGACCAGGAGGUCUGCUGGUUUUGGGAUCAGCGAAUGUGGAUGAGAGCCUGAGAGGGUAUAUGACCAAGUAUGACUGCUCCAGUGCAGAUAUCAAUCCGAUAGGUGGAUUCAGCAAAUCAGACCUCAGGAGCUUUAUCCAGUACUGCAUUGAGAACUUCAAUCUCACUGCACUGCGCAGUACUAUGUCUGCUCCACCCACAGCGGAACUUGAGCCCUUGUCAGAGGGACAGAUCCAGCAGACAGAUGAGGCUGACAUGGGGAUGACCUACUCUGAGCUUUCUGUGUAUGGCAAACUCAGGAAGAUAGCAAAGUGUGGCCCGUACAGCAUGUUCUGUAAACUUAUUCACACCUGGCGGGGGAUCUGUUCUCCGGGACAGGUGGCAGAAAAAGUGAAGCAUUUCUUUCAGACGUAUUCAAUCAACAGGCACAAAAUGACUACCCUGACCCCCGCUUACCACGCUGAGAGCUAUAGCCCUGAUGACAAUCGGUUUGAUAUGCGACCCUUUCUCUACAACACUGCCUGGCCCUGGCAAUUCAGAUGUAUCGAUAACCAGGUAUCCAAGAUGGAAAAUGAAAACGAGACUCAAUUUCUUAAUGCCUUGGACUGAACCAUGCUAUCUUUGCUGAUACGUUCCGUUGUUCAUGCAGUAACAUACACCAAACUUGAAGUCAUUGUACCAAACUUUGUAUGUAAUUUAUCCAAACAGACAUUUAUUACAAUCUCAUGUCAGUGUCUCCUGAGUGUCUCCUGUUUCCUUCUGUUUUCCAUGCUCUACUGUUGUACAAACCUUAAUAACAAGACUCACAUAUGCAGUAUGUUUUUUUUUUUUUUAACCUAUGUUCAUCUAUAUAAUCCUUUUUAAUCAGGAAAGUGAUCAAAUGGGAAAUUAUCAAAUAGGAAAUAAUGAUCUGUGUCUAUUACUAAGAGCACUCCCUUGUCCUGUUGCUGUUUAAUUAUUUGCCUCUAGCACAGUAUUUAAAAAUGUAUACUUAUGUUGAACUCUAUAUGCAAAGCAUUA